AUGUUGACCACAGUCAUUCGGCGUACGAUGGCUACAGGUCGACAUUUUAUAGCAGUAUGUCAAAUGACAAGCGACAACGAUCUGGAGAAAAACUUCGAUAUUGCAAAAUCAAUGAUCGAGCGAGCUGGAGAAAGAAAGUGUGAAAUGGUCUUCCUGCCAGAAUGUUUUGAUUUCAUUGGAGUGAACAAAAACGAGCAGGUUGAUCUUGCGAUGACGGCCGACUGUGUAUAUAUGCAGAGAUAUAGAGAUCUCGCGAAAAAACACAAUGUCUGGUUGUCUUUAGGAGGACUUCAUCACAAAGAUCCAUCCGAUCACGCACAUCCAUGGAACACUCAUCUGAUCAUCGAUUCACAAGGAGCCACUUGUGUAGAAUAUAACAAAUUGCAUCUCUUCGAUCUGGAAAUUCCAGGGAAGGUUCGAUUGAUGGAGAGUGAAUUCAGCAAGGCUGGUAACGAGAUGGUUCCUCCAGUAGAAACUCCAGUUGGAUGUCUGGGUCUCUCGAUUUGCUACGAUGUACGGUUUCCUGAAUUAUCCCUUUGGAACCGACAGCGUGGAGCCCAGCUCCUCUCUUUCCCGAGUGCUUUCACAUUGAAUACCGGACUGGCUCACUGGGAAACUCUUCUACGUGCUCGUGCUAUUGAGAAUCAGUGUUAUGUUGUGGCUGCUGCUCAAACUGGAGCUCAUAAUCCAAAAAGACAAUCGUACGGUCAUGCAAUGGUUGUGGAUCCAUGGGGAGCUGUGGUAGCUCAAUGUUCUGAGAGAGUUGAUAUGUGCUUCGCUGAAAUUGAUCUGAGCUACGUAGCCAGCCUUCGCGAAAUGCAACCAGUCUUUUCGCAUCGCCGUUCUGAUUUGUAUACUCUUCAUGUCAAUGAGAGAAAUCAUGAAACAGAUGAUCUAAAGUUUGCCGAGUUCCCAAUCCCAGCGAGCCACAUUUUCUACAGUACUCCUCAUUCGUUUGCGUUUGUCAAUUUGAAGCCCGUUACUGAUGGGCAUGUUCUCAUCAGUCCGAAACGUGUCGUCCAGCAUCUGACUGAUUUGACUGAUGCGGAAACAGCCGACCUGUUCAUUGUGGCCAAAAAAGUUCAAGCAAUGCUUGAGAAUGAGCCACCUGCACCUGCUGCUGGAACCGCUCGCAAACGUGCAAUUCGUGGUGGAGGACCGCUCGGUGGAUCUGAAUCCAUUAUUUUCAAGUCAGGCAAUGAGUCUCAGGCUUCAACUUCCACUGUUACAAUCCCAACAACUAACAUCAAGUUCCCAGAACCCAGUAAAGAUUUCUGGACAAAAAAAGAUUCGAGCAACACCGAUGGAGCAGCUUUAGGAAAUAAUGAUGGAUCUCUUUUUGCUUUCCUGGGCAAAGACGGUGAUAAGUCUAAAGAGCCUUCGAAGUUCACUGGAUUCUCAUUUGGCAAAAAGCCAGAAUCCGACACUGCAAAGCCUGAUGAGCCAAAAACCACUGUCCCACUGUUUGGAUCUACAACAUCCGCUGAAACUACUGUCCCACUAUUUGGAUCUACAACAUCCAAGAAUGAGAACGUUAAGACAACUGGUUCACUUUUUGGAGCUAUUUCCAAGUCACCAGAAACCACAUCUGCGGGAUUGAAGUCCUCAGAUACGCCAGCUACUACUUCUAAGCCAUUGGUUUUCGGAGAGCAAAAAGACGGGGACAAUGCCGCAGCGAAACCAUUCUCUGGACUUGCUUUCGGUGCUUCUCUUUUCGGAUCCGGCGCUAAACAAACCACGCCAUCUUUAAGCUUCGGUUCUGGAGGUACUAAUACUGGAUCUGGAGGUACCACGACUACUGGAUCACUGUUUGGAGGUGCUACCACUACUGGAUCGUUGUUUGGAGGCUUCGCUGGUUUAGCACAGAAAGCCCAGGAGAAUCAGGCGAAAGGCGAGGGCGGUGAUGAUGACGAAGAGUAUGUGCCGCCGAAAGUAGAAACAGUCGAAGUUGAAGAGCCUGAUGCGGUAAUCAGCAGCAAAGUCGCUGUCUUCAAAUUUGCUGACAAGGAAUACACUAAGCUUGGCGUUGGAAUGCUUCAUGUCAAAGACACUGAUGGGAAGUUUAGUGUACUCAUCAGAGCUGCGACGGCGAUCGGCACCGUUUGGCUGAACGCUCUUUGUAACAAGGCAAUGAAAGCAACGAAGGUCGAUGAUAAAGGAGAACGAAUUCGUCUCACUUGUCCGGUUUCGGCAUCUGAAAUGACCACACUGAUGAUUCGAUUCGGCUCUGCAGAUGUCGCUAAGAAGUUCGUGGAGAAGGUUGAAGAAGUCUCUAAGUAG